AUGAAGUUUCUAGCGGCCCUAGCUCUCCUCCCAUUGGCCUACGCGGCUCCAGCGAACAUCGCCAAGCGUGCAAAUCCUACAGUGAUUGCACCUUUACCCAAAGCCACUAUUGUCGGUGUCGAUGCACUAAAUGUUGAGUCUUUCAAAGGGAUACCCUACGCACAGCCACCUAUCAACCAACUACGACUCAAGCCACCUCAACCAUUGACGGCUGACCUUGGAAGAGUCGACGGUACCGGCCAACCAAAAGCAUGCCCCCAAUUCCUCCUUAGCGUAGACGGUUCAAGCAUUCCCGCUAAUGUUCUGGGAAACAUACUCAACAUUCCCUUCUUCCAAACAGUUACCAAUGCUGGAGAAGACUGUUUAACCAUCAACGUGCAGCGGCCAGCUGGCACAAAGCCUGACGCUAAACUACCAGUACUUUUCUGGAUUUUUGGCGGCGGCUUCCAACUUGGCUCAACUCAAAUGUACGAUGGAACCAGCCUAGUCCGUGAAUCUGUUGAACAAGGCAAACCCAUUAUCUUCGUGGCUGUCAACUACCGCGUCGGAGGAUUUGGCUUCUUGCCUGGAAAAGAAGUCCUCCAGGACGGCUCUGCUAACCUUGGAUUACUCGAUCAACGACUAGGAUUGGAAUGGGUCCAAGAAAACAUUGCUGCCUUUGGUGGUGAUCCAACCAAGGUCACAAUAUGGGGAGAGAGCGCUGGCUCCAUUUCAGUGAUGGACCAGAUGCUACUUUACGAUGGUGACAACACCUACAAGGGUAAACCUCUCUUCAGGGCGGGAAUCAUGAACUCCGGCUCGGUUGUUCCUGCCGAUCCCGUAGAUUGUCCAAAGGGCCAAGCUGUCUAUAACAAGGUCGUCGAGGAAGCCGGAUGUAAGAGCGCAGCUGACACUCUGGCAUGUCUCCGCACAACCCCAUACACCAAAUUCCUCAAUGCUGCCAAUAGCGUCCCAAGUCUCGCAUCUUACUCUACAGUAAAUUUGUCCUACCUUCCACGUCCCGAUGGAAAGACUCUUACAGACUCACCUGAUAUCCUGGUGAGAGCCGGAAAGUACACCAAGGUCCCCUUCAUCGCCGGUACCCAAGAAGACGAGGGAACAUUAUUCGGCAUUUUCACCCUCAAUAUCACCACAACAAGCCAACUCACAAACUACCUAUCCACCCAGUUCUUCAACAGCGCCACACGGCAACAAGUCGAAGAUCUAGUCAGCAGCUACCAGACCACCACCGAAGACGGAUCACCCUUCCGCACUGGCUUGCUUAACAACUUCACACCCCAAUUCAAGCGCGUCACCGCCAUCAUCGGCGACCUCACCUUCAUCUUGACCCGCCGCCUCCUCUCCGAGAUCCACACACAAGUGAACCCAGGCGUGCCCUCAUGGUCCUACAUCGCGACCUACGACUACGGCACCCCACUCCUCGGUACCUUCCACGCUUCAGACCUUAUCCAAGUCUUCUUUGGUAUCCUCCCCAACAACGCCCGCAAGACAAUCAGAGGCUACUACUUCUCCUUCGUCCACAACCUCGAUCCUAAUGUCGGUAACGACUUUGGCAACUGGCCGCAGUGGAGCCAGGGCAAGAAGCUGAUUAAUUUCGGGGCGAAUAGCAAUAGCUACACCGACGAUACCUUUCGAUCGGAUUCGUACGAUGUAGUGAAGAAGAACGUCGAUAGCUUCAAAGUCUGA